UGUGUCUCUGUCCAUGGUGCUGAAUCACGUCUGCGCUGUUAGAGACGCGUCCACAGGAUUUCCACGGUACACCUCCAAUCAGAUCAUCACGGUACCGUGCCCCGAACAGAGCUCUGACUUCCUGUGGCACUUUUGUUCAGCGCAGCGGUAUUCUGGCUCAUCCUGACGCGUUCGAUCAGGUGCGUGACGCGCUCGCUCGUCUGAAUGAACGCGCACCGGCCCGCGCGCGCGCAGACUCACAGUCUCCGUGAGAUGCCCGUUAGAUUCGGUGCGGCAGUGCAGUACCGCCGCUCACGCUCGGAUUUCCCGCUCGUCUCCACGCGCACACACACGGAUCCGUGAACCGGAGAGUCGCGCGCGCGGACCGCAGGACGGUCAUGCCGUGAUGGUGUCACGCGCACCGACGCGUCAGCCGUGUUUGUGAAACCGGAGAUGAUGGUGAUGAUGAUGGUGGUGUUGGUGGUGGUGGUGAGGAGCGGAGCUUUCCUCCGGUUACCGGGGCUCGUGAUCAGACUGACGGCGCUGAUGUUCGUCGCCGGUUCGAGCGGGAUGCCGCACGUGCUCAGAUUCGGUGGGAUAUUUGAGUCGAUAGAGAGCGGCCCGUCCGGACCCGAGGAGCUGGCCUUUAAAUUCGCUCUGAACACCAUCAACAGGAACCGAACACUUCUGCCCAACACCACACUGACCUACGACAUCCAGAGAAUCAACGUGUUCGACAGCUUCGAGGCCUCCAGGAAGGCCUGCGAGCAGCUGUCCCUGGGCGUGGCAGCGAUCUUUGGCCCCUCCCACAGCUCGUCAGCCAAUGCGGUGCAGUCGAUCUCGAACGCUCUGGGCGUACCUCACAUACAGACGCGCUGGAAGCACCAGGUGUCUGAUAACAGAGACUCAUAUUACAUCAGUCUGUAUCCAGACUUCUCCUCGCUCAGCCGGGCCAUACUCGACCUCGUGCACUUCUUCAGGUGGAGGAUGGUGACGGUGGUGUAUGACGACAGCACCGGCCUCAUCCGUCUGCAGGAGCUCAUUAAAGCUCCGUCCAGAUACAACAUCCGCCUGAAGAUCCGACAGCUCUCCGCCGACACCAAGGACGCCAAACCUCUGCUCAAAGAGAUGAAGAAAGCCAAGGAGUUCCACGUCAUCUUCGACUGCAGUCAUGAGAUGGCCGGCUGGAUCCUCAAACAGGCUCUUUCAAUGGGAAUGGUGACGGAAUACUAUCAUUACAUCUUUACAACUCUGGACCUGUUUGCUCUGGAUAUGGAGCCGUAUCGCUUCAGCGGAGUGAAUAUGACCGGUUUCCGCAUCUUGAACACGGAGAGUCCGCAGGUGACCUCCAUCAUCGAGAAGUGGUCCAUGGAGCGACUGCAGGCUCCACCCAAACCUGACUCGGGCCUGCUGGACGGGUUCAUGACGACGGACGCGGCGCUGAUGUACGACGCGGUUCACGUGGUAGCAGUGUCCAUCCAGCAGUCGCCUCAGAUCACCGUCAGCUCACUGCAGUGCAACCGACACAAACCCUGGCGCUUCGGAGGACGCUUCAUCAGCCUCAUUAAAGAGGCAUCAUGGGACGGACUGACCGGUCGAAUCCUCUUCAACAAAACCAACGGACUGAGGACAGACUUUGACCUGGACGUGAUCAGUCUCAAAGAGAACGGACUCGAGAAGGUGUGUGUGUGUGUGUGUGUGAUUCAGCUGUUUGUGUGUGUUCAUGCAUCAGGUGUGUGUGUUUUUGCACAGAUCGGGACGUGGGAUCCUCCACGGGGACUCAACAUGAGCGAGAAUCACAAGAGUAAAAUCACCAACAUCACAGACUCACUGUCCAACAAAUCACUGCGUGUGUCUACAAUACUGGAGGAGCCGUACGUCAUGUUUAAGAAGUCAGAUAAACCUCUGUACGGGAACGAGCGCUUCGAGGGAUUCUGUGUGGAUCUGCUGCGGGAGCUUUCGGGAAUCCUGGGCUUCCGUUACGAGAUCCGGUUAGUGGAGGACGGCAGAUACGGAGCGUUUGAGGAGAGCACGGGGCAGUGGAGCGGCAUGGUGCGCGAGCUCAUGGACCACAAAGCAGACCUGGCCGUGGCUCCGCUGACCAUCACAUACGUGCGAGAGAAGGUGAUUGACUUCUCCAAACCCUUCAUGACCCUGGGCAUCAGCAUCCUGUACCGAAAACCCAACGGCACCAACCCCGGCGUCUUCUCCUUCCUCAACCCUCUGUCCCCUGACAUCUGGAUGUAUAUUCUGCUGGCUUGCUUGGGUGUCAGUUGUGUGCUGUUUGUCAUAGCCAGGUUCAGUCCGUACGAGUGGUAUAACCCUCACCCCUGUAACCCCGACUCAGACGUGCUGGAGAACAACUUCACGCUGCUGAACAGCUUCUGGUUCGGUGUCGGCGCUCUCAUGCGGCAGGGCUCGGAGCUGAUGCCCAGGGCUCUGUCCACUAGGAUCGUGGGAGGAAUCUGGUGGUUCUUCACCCUCAUCAUCAUCUCGUCCUACACCGCAAACCUGGCCGCCUUCCUGACGGUGGAGCGCAUGGAGUCACCCAUCGACUCGGCCGACGAUCUGGCCAAACAAACCAAGAUCCUGUACGGCCUGGUGGAGGACGGCGCCACCAUGACCUUCUUCAAGAAAACCAAGAUCUCGACGUAUGAUAAGAUGUGGGAGUUCAUGAACAGCCGGCGUCAGUCUGUGAUGGUGAAGAGCGUGGAGGAGGGCAUCCAUCGCGUGCUGACGUCUGACUACGCCUUUCUGAUGGAGUCCACCACCAUCGAGUUCGUCACGCAGAGAAACUGUAACCUGACACAGAUCGGCGGCCUGAUCGACUCCAAGGCGUACGGCGUGGGGACACCCAUGGGCUCUCCGUAUCGGGACAAGAUCACCAUCGCCAUCCUGCAGCUGCAGGAGGAGGGCAAGCUGCACAUGAUGAAGGAGAAGUGGUGGAGAGGGAACGGCUGUCCGGAGGAGGAGAGUAAGGAGGCCAGUGCCCUCGGCGUACAGAACAUCGGCGGCAUCUUCAUCGUCCUCGCCGCCGGCCUGGUGCUGUCCGUGUUCGUGGCCGUCGGCGAGGUGCUGUACAAAUCCAAACAGAACGCGCAGAUCGAGAAGCGCUCGUUCUGCAGCGUGAUGCUGGAGGAGCUCAGGGUGUCUCUGAAAUGCCAGCGGCGGCGGAAACAGAAACCCCAGCCGCCCGCCAUCGUCAAAACAGAGGAGGUGAUUAACAUGCAUACCUUUAACGACAGGAGGCUCCCGGGGAAAGAGACCAUGGCGUGACGCCGGGACGCCUCUCCUGUGACUCUCGUCCAAACGACGGACACGAAGAUGUUUCCUGUGGAAAUCCGGAUUCGUGAGCGAUUCAGAACCGCAGCCCUCACAGAGCAGCAUUCAAGAUUCAGUGUGUUCUCAUUUUACGUUGCUUUUCUCACUUUUCUCUGUGAAACUAGGUCAAGGUUUUAGACCAAUCAGUUUUUCCUCAGAUGAUGCUUUUAUUGCUGCCUUCAAGAGCACCUGAUAAAGACACUUUUUGGUUUAUUCUUUCAUUUUUUUUAUUUUAUUUCCUCCGGAAUUUUUUUUUUUUUUUUUUACGUUUUCAUCCCAUGCAAUCUUAUUAAUACAAUAUAAAACUAAUUCCAUUUAUUAAGAAGUUAUGUCUUGGUAAAAAAUUUUUGGAACAUUCUAUUAAUAUUUUGAUAAUAAAAUAUAAUGAUAACCAUGAAAAUAUAUUCUGUGUUAGUUUGUUAAACAAAGCCUCCCUGAAAUAUGAAUCCUCAUAGCAACCCGUCAAAAUAAAAGUUUGGUUUAACUGGAAGAAACUGGGACAGAAAGGCGAUUGUAAAAAUAAGUGUUAAUUAAGUUGUUUCUAUGCAUUAAAAUAAUUAGAAAUAUGUUAAUUUGUUAAUAAUUAAACAGAAUGUGAGAAAAAAACAUAUUUCAUAGGCCCUUAAAAAUUACAUUUGACUAAAUUGAUGUUAAAUUGCAUGUUUGCAAUUACAGUUUCGUGAUCUGAUACUUUUUGAUUAAUACAAUUUAAUUUAGGCAUUAAAAAGUAGUCCAGAAAUAUGAAUAUGAAAAAAAAAAUACAAAAAUUUACCUCUUUCUACCUUUGAAACACAAACUAGAACCUUAAGAUAAUAAUAACCCAAAAAUAACCAAAACGGGAGUGAAAAUAAUGACAUCAUCUUUUGUCCUAACACGGUUUAGUUCCCAUAAUGUUUUUUUUUAUUUAUUUUUUUAUUAUUAUUAACAAAACUUUGCAUUGGAAUAGAAACACGCGUCAUGUGUGAACAGCCCAUUAGAGAAAAAAUUGCAUCCUGACAAAAUAACCACACGGCAACCAUGCACUAACGUUAAAGGAACGUUGUUUAUUCGCUGGACGUGCGAUUUUAUGUUGGUUCAAUGUAAAAAUAAAAAAAGACAAAUAUUAUCACUUUCACAUCAUGUUUAAAAUUUAUGAAAUGCUUGACCAUUCAGAAAUUACAUUAUCAUAACUUAGAAAUGUUCUAAAUCUUCCGUCUUGUGAAUAUAAUCAUUCCAACAUGAUUUUUGACUUGAAGGCAGCAAUAAAAUCCAUGCAGUGAUGUCUGUGCGGAUCAACGACUCAAGCCAAAGUUCUGUCGUUUAGAGAAACUUUUCUAGAAACCUUUCUACGAGCAUCCAUUCUGUCUAUCACCGGCAACUCGACUUUCUUUGUCAUUCAACAGAGAUUUAUAAGAAAAAAAAGAGAGAAAUGCAGUUUUUGUACAGACAGUUUUUGUAGUAAAUCUUUCUAUGGGUGUCUGAUGCUCAUGUAGGUCGAACAGCGUUAGACAUUGGUGCACAUCCGUCCAUCACGAGCAGGCAGUGUUGUUUCCCAGCAUAUGUUCUGUUUCCAUGUGCUGAUGUUUGUGUGUCUCUGAAGGCUAGUUUCUGUAUAAUACUGUACUGAGCAGACGCUAGGAUUCUCCAGACCGACUUUAAUCUACAGGGGCCUUUGGGAAAGAACCACGUGCAAACAGCAGCAGGUGGAGAACUGUUCAAGAUCAUCUUGUAAUAAAAAAGAGAUUAUACUGUGUAUAA